AUGGACAACAACACGACCAUCUUUCAGGAUGUCACUCAGGUGUUAAAUCUGACACAGAUGCCUCUGAAGCCUCUUGAAGAACAGUUCAUUACGAUAUUUUUGACAAUGCUCAUCUGUGGAGUUGGGAUUGCUGGGAAUAUCAUGGUGGUGUUGGUUGUCCUGCGCACUAAACACAUGGUGACCCCAACUAACUGCUACCUCGUAAGCCUAGCGGUCGCAGACCUCAUUGUGCUCCUGGCUGCGGGGCUUCCUAAUAUCUCUGACGUUGUGGCCUUCUGGAUAUACGGCUACACAGGCUGCUUGUGUAUAACUUACCUUCAGUACCUGGGCAUCAAUGUGUCGUCCUGCUCCAUCACAGCAUUCACCAUCGAACGAUACAUUGCUAUUUGUCACUCCAUAAAGGCACAGUUCAUCUGCACUGUUUCCCGCGCCAAGAGGAUCAUAGCUGGAGUCUGGAUCUUCACUUCACUCUACUGCAUCAUGUGGUUCUUUUUAGUGGACACAGAUGAGACCGUCUACACCAACGGAGUGGUGGUUACCUGUGGCUACCGUGUCUCCAGGAGCCUCUACAUGCCAAUCUACUUCCUGGACUUCACGUUGUUCUAUGUGAUCCCGCUCGUUGUGGCAACUGUGCUGUACGGACUCAUCGCCAGAAUUUUGUUCAUGAGCCCGCUGCCCUCGCAUCUCAACGACAGAGAUGGAGGAGGGUCGGUUCACCAAGGUCACUCCAACAGCACUAACAAGGCCAACAAGAGUGCAGUCUCUGCAAGGAAGCAGAUAACUAAGAUGCUGGCUGUAGUGGUCAUCCUCUUCGCCUUGCUGUGGAUGCCUUACCGAACACUGGUGGUGGUCAACUCCGUCAUCGACCCGCCUUACCACAACACGUGGUUCCUGCUCUUCUGCCGCAUGUGCAUUUACACCAACAGUGCCAUCAACCCCAUUAUUUACAACCUCAUGUCUCAGAAGUUUCGUGUCGCAUUCAAAAAGCUCUGCAAGUGCAGCUGCCGACAAAAGGAGAAGGCGGCCGAGUACAACGUGCCGAUGUAUUACAGCGUGACGAAGGAUUCGUCCCAUGAGAGCAACGAGCUAGUCACGGAGCACGAGGAAGUGAGCAGCCACAACAACAAGAGGAUACAUUUGACGGAUGACGAUACGAGCACGUUCAGCAUUUCUUAA